AACCCCCCGACCGGGGACGGGCGGUGACGUCUGUACCUGACCUCUGCCGUGGACUACGUGGGUGCGUAAGUCCGGAGUAUUCCGGCAAAAACCACAGGAAGCGGCAAGUUUAACGUGGGAAAACCGCUCCCGAUCGUCCGUCUGGAGCCUAGCCGGGAGUUGAAGCCAGUAUGCCGGGCGCGUGCAUGGAGGGGCCGCGUAGCCAGCGGACCCCUCAUACCCAUGCGGGGGGGAGCUCACUCUCGCGAGCUCUAGCCCGGGGAUAGAGUAAGCGGCCGGUCGGUACGGUGCGCGCUCUGUUCCUGGGGUGAGCCUAAACCUCUUUCAUCAUGGUGGACCUGGCCCUCUCCAGGAAUCUUUUUAUUAGAGUCACAGGGUGGGAUAGGGGUGGCUCCCUGAUAAGCAGCCUCUCUGCUUCCCACCAUGUAAAUAGGGAUUAUCCUACCCGGGGAAGAUCCCUCACCGAGGUGAGGGUGCCACGAUGGCCGAACCGGAGGAACCUAGUAUCUGCCAAUAUGCCUAAAACCUCUAAAAAAACCACCAAAACAACGAAGAAGAAGGAGAAGGACGACCUCAAGGGGCGCGGCAACGCUCCCGCGUUCCAAUGGGGGAGUCAACAAGCGAGAGAAGAGGCGGAAAAGAUAGCCGCCGACAUGACGAGGGCUCGGGAAGAGGCGGAUAAGGCCGCCUCUGCCGAGCUUGAAAGGAGAAGACGUGAUCUCCCGUCUACAUCGACGGGACGAACGAAGGCAGGCCCUGCCAGUUUCAAGCGGAGCCUGGAGAUGAACCGGCAACCAUCGCCGGAAAUAAAUGUGCUCGACGGCUCCGAUACGGAGACUGAGGACACACGCACGAGGGAGAAAACAGCCGAAGCAGUACCGGCAAAUGAGCACUCCGAAUCGGACGCCGACAUGCUUGAUGAGGAGGAGGAUGAGGAGCCGAGAGAACGCCGAGGUCGCCCCCCGACUGUCGGCAAGUAUCUGAUGAUGAGGCAGAGACUCGCUGCAUCUAGAGAGGUGAAACUCUUGAAAAAAGAAGCCAGGAGCCUAAAAGAAAUCCUGGACAGACGUAUCCUUCCCAAUCUUCGGGACAGGAAAAACAUCAUCCCCGAGAGGGAGGUAGCCCGCAAGAUGGAGCCGAUGACUCCAGCGCAGAUAUCGGCGGAAAUGACAGCCCACACGGACGUGGUCUCGAAAGUGGCAGAGAGAUCGAAAAAUUUCCAGGGUGUCAUGGUCCAUCGGUUGCACAAGGCAGCUACCAUGAUCAGGGCUGGCACAAGGGUUCUGGCGGUCAAAGCGACAAACCCUGAAGAAGGGGAAAGUCCCGCGGUAGUGGAAGGACUAUGGAGCAGGAUCAAAGAGCUGGAAGACCAAGUCCUCCAGCUGAAAUUCCUGCUCAUGCAGAAGACGCAGUCAGAGGGGGCUGCGUCCACGAGGAAACGGAAGAUCCAGAGGAUGGAGUCUUCUGACGAGGAGGAACGCGCUGCGCGGCCGGGCGCACCGCAACUUGGGGUGGAGCAGAUGGACACGCAAGCAGACGAAAGAGCGGCGGAGGGCCUUGCACCGCAUACGGUGGCGUUUAGGCCAGUACUACGCGGCGAGAAGAAGGGGAUCGAGGGUCCUACAGAAAGUAGGGCCCUCGAGGAUGUCAGGAGAGUCCUGAAGGGGGUCUCCGUAGAGAAGAUUCUGACGGGAGAUGCCAAGACCAUUCGUGAAAACAUUGGGAACUUGGUCACGAGGUGCGAGGGCGCAUUGGCGAUAUUCCCUCCAACGGGGGAAAAAACAGCCGCCGCCAAGCAAACAAAGGCAGCCGCGAACAACCAAGGAAAAGGGGCUGCGAAAAAGAGCGAGCCGAAGGGCCAGGCAAAUAAGAACGCCCAGCCCAGUAAGACAAAAACGCCGACAACGGCCAAAGCGACGGGGAGUGUUCAAAAGCUCCAAGACAAGGCAGGCGGAGAGGUUCGGCCGACUAAAGCGAAGUCGCAGAGCCAACCGCUGGCAGGCAGAUCGAGAGAGGGGACCCGGGAGAAUGCGACACAGAGAUCCAGAUCCAGGUCGAAAUCUCAAGGCGCCUGGGUCGAGGUGGUCAAGCGAGGCCUCCGCAAGAAGGACGACGCGGGACCGAAAGGGACGGCGCCCAAGGGCAACGUGACUGCCCCGGAGAAGAGGAAGGAGCCAAAGAAAACCGGNGGCCAACGGAACCCGAGGACGCAGGCAGUCACAUUAACCUGCCCACCGGGAACAUAUGCAGAGGGGAUGCGACUCAUUAAGUCGCAAAUUAAUCUCGAGGAGCUGGGGAUAGACGCUUUAAAACCCAGGAGAGCCCAAACAGGGGCUAUCAUCCUCGAGAUAGCGGGUGAGAAUGCCAAGGAGAAGGCGGAUGCCUUGGCCGGGAAAAUGAGAACGGUCAUUGGAGAUAGAGAAGGCGUCAAAGUCACGCGCCCUGCCAAAAUGGCAGAAAUCAGGAUCCGUGACCUGGAUGAUUCCGUCACGGUGACGGACGUAACGGAAGCAAUUGCGGAAGCAGGAGGAUGUGCCCCCUCUGAAGUAAGGACGGGAGAAGUUAAGCCCGCCCCCAAUGGACUUGGGACCAUCUGGGUCCAGUGCCCGUUGGCGGCAGCAAAAAAGGCUGCCGCGGCGGGCAGGAUUAAAAUCGGAUGGGUAAAAGCAAGACUAGAGCUGCUGGAGAGUAGGCCUCUAAUUUGUUUUAGAUGUCUUGAGAGGGGCCACGUCAGGGCCCAGUGCCGUGGCAAAGACAGGAGCGAAGUUUGCUGCAGGUGCGGGGAAACCGGGCACAAAGCCCAAACGUGCCGCGCCGAGCCCAAGUGCCCGGCGUGCACGGAGAGGGGAUUGCCGGCAAACCACAAGGCCGGCAAUAAGGCAUGUCCUUUGCCGUCCAAGAAGGCCAUCAAGAAGAGAAGGCGUGAGGAAGGAGGACAGCUGGCAACUUCGCAGACCCCGCGGAGCCAGGCUGGGGGACAACCCACGAACUCAGACGCGAUGGAGGUGGAUGCCCCCACAGCGGAGAGGAGAACCACCGCCCCGCUAGAGAAAAGGCAAUCAAGGGCUGGGACUAGCCAGCAACUAGAGGGAGAGGGCCAGGAGGAGGCCAGCGCGGCAUCGCCUUCAUGCCCAUAAAAGUUGUUCAGGCGAACAUCAACCACGCCCGCCGGGCCCAAGACUUGAUCUUGCAAGCCAUGGCGGAACGUGGAGCGGG